GUAAAAACAUUUUUCUGCGUUUUUCUUCACUUUAUUUCAUAGAAAAAUGUCGAAAUUUCGAGAUAUUUACAAAACAUCCUACUGUAGAUACUACAGUGUUCAAAAGUUGAACAAGAAAGUGCCAAUAAUAACAUGUAAAAGAUCAGAAUACAAUCACUACCCUGGGCAGACGUACAGUAAAUUUGAUGGUGUUAAACUAGCAUCCGAGAGUUGGUUCCAUCCAAAGUCUAAAAAUGACUACUUCGUCAUACAUGAACAGUCCAGUGAAAAUGAGUAUAAGAAAACCAGCAGAAGAACUUUUGAAGAGCUUGGUUUAUGUCCGCAACUAUUAGAGGUUAUGUCCAGAUUGGAAUAUUCAUUACCAACGGAGAUACAAGGAAUGUCUUUUAAGCCCAUUUUACAAGGUCAUAAUACUGCUAUAACAGCGGAGACGGGAUGUGGAAAAACUUUAGCAUAUUUGCUACCAAUUAUACAACACAUACUUGAGUGGAAACCAAGUAUUGCUGAAGACUUCAACAGUCCCCUAGCUGUAGUGAUUACACCUAGUAGGGAAUUAGCUGCACAAAUUGGUGACAUUGCUAGGAAUAUUUGUGAGAACUUGAACAUAAAUGUGUCAACUCUAGUCGGUGGUCGUACUAAACAGAAGAUGCUGAAUCCGCCAAUAGAAUAUUGUGACCUGUUAGUUACCACUCUUGGGGCGUACAGCAAGUUAGUCACAACUGGGAUUUACAAAAUUCACAAUGUACAUCAUGUGGUACUAGACGAAGCUGACACAUUAUUAGAUGAUAGUUUCAUUGAAAAGCUUUCCCAUUUGUUGAAAAAGUUCUCUAUUUGUUAUAAAGUGGACAUACAGACUCCUCCAUCAGGAUGUCAGGUGACUCUAGUGAGUGCAACUCUACCACAUGAGCUGCCUCAAGCUGUCAACUCUUUUGUUCAACCUGAGUCCCUACAUACAGUCACAACAAACAAGAUACACCGUUUGCUGCCUCAUAUACCACACAAAUUCAUUCGACUCGGUAAAGCUCAGAAACCAGUGGAACUACUGAAACUCGUCCAAGCAGAUAUGAAUCAACGUCGACCAGUCAUGAUAUUCUCAAACAAAACGGCCACAUGUGACUUCGUGUCCAUGUUUCUGAAUGAAAAUAACAUUGAAUGUGUUAAUUUGAAUCGACAAAUGAUUGUGCCACUGAAAAUAGGCAAACUAGAGGAGUACUCGAGUGGUAGAGUAAAUGUGCUGUCAUGUACAGAUAUUGCAUCCAGAGGACUGGACAUUUUAAGAACUCGUCACGUCAUCAACUAUGACUUUCCACUCUACACUGCUGACUAUCUUCACCGGGCUGGCAGGACGGGCAGGAUCGGCUCAGCAACGGACUGCAGAGUGACCAACUUCAUUGCUUGGCCCAGAGAGAUACAACUUGUUCAAAAAAUCGAGACAGCCGUGCGAAAAAAUUUGGUGUUGCCGAAUGUUAACGCAAAUAUUCGAAGACAGAUUGAGGAUAGAAUAGCUAAAAUGUCUGUUAAGGUGUAAGUAAAUCAACAAAUAAAAAUUUGUUACAAUUAGA